UUCCGAAGUCUCCCUUUCUCUUGCAUCUGCGUCCGAAUUUUCAACUUCAAAAUCGAGUCUUUUCCACUGCUACUCUCUCCUCAGCUUCUCAUCUACACUUUCAAACUCAAAAAACGCGAAGCUCUCUCUCUCUCUUCUCUCUCACUAGAACUGCUCGGUUUUGCCGGCGGAGCGCGGUCGCCGGAUCCAGGCCGAUCUCGACCACCCCCCGGACGCCAUUGCCGCCGGCGGAUCCGGAUCCGGCCCGUCGAGCACCGAGAGGAGGAGGGGAUGGAGAACCUUAUCUCGCUGGUGAACAAGAUACAGAGGGCCUGCACCGCCCUCGGCGACCACGGCGACACCAGCGCCCUCCCCACCCUCUGGGACUCCCUCCCCACCAUCGCCGUCGUCGGCGGCCAGAGUUCGGGGAAGUCAUCGGUGCUGGAGAGCGUUGUCGGCAAGGACUUCUUACCUCGUGGCUCUGGUAUUGUUACUAGACGUCCUCUUGUGCUGCAGCUUCACAAGAUUGAAGAAGGAAGCAGAGAAUAUGCGGAAUUCCUUCACCUUCCCCGAAAGAGAUUCACUGAUUUCUCUGCUGUGAGAAAGGAGAUCGCAGAUGAAACUGAUCGAGAGACUGGUCGCUCAAAGCAAAUUUCAAGUGUUCCAAUCCAUCUUAGUAUAUAUUCACCUAAUGUUGUCAACUUGACUUUGAUUGAUCUUCCUGGGCUCACAAAGGUUGCUGUUGAGGGCCAACCGGACAGCAUUGUACAAGAAAUUGAGAACAUGGUCCGCUCAUACAUUGAGAAGCCUAACUGUAUAAUUCUUGCCAUUUCACCUGCAAAUCAAGAUCUUGCUACAUCUGAUGCAAUUAAGAUCUCUCGUGAAGUAGAUCCUACAGGGGAGAGGACAUUUGGAGUCUUGACAAAGAUCGAUCUAAUGGAUAAGGGAACGGAUGCUGUGGAUAUAUUAGAAGGGAAAGCAUAUCGACUUAAGUUUCCUUGGAUUGGGGUAGUAAACCGGUCCCAAGCUGAUAUUAACAAGAACGUCGACAUGAUCGCUGCUCGCCGCAGAGAGCGAGAAUAUUUCUCUGGUACUCCUGAAUACAAGCAUCUUGCACACAGAAUGGGUUCUGAGCAUUUAGCAAAAAUGCUUUCGAAGCAAUUGGAGAAUGUGAUCAAGACCAAAAUACCGGGCAUCCAGUCCCUUAUUAACAAAACAAUUCUUGAGCUUGAGACUGAGUUGAAUCGUCUUGGCAAGCCUAUAGCUUCAGAUGCAGGAGGAAAGUUAUAUUCAAUUAUGGAGAUAUGUCGUCUUUUUGAUCAAAUUUACAAGGAGCAUCUAGAUGGCGUGCGCUCUGGAGGUGAUAAGAUUUACAAUGUUUUCGAUAAUCAGCUCCCUGCUGCUCUUAAGAGGCUGCAAUUUGACAAACAACUUUCCAUGGAAAAUAUAAAGAAGCUCAUUACAGAAGCUGAUGGAUACCAACCUCAUUUAAUAGCUCCUGAACAAGGAUAUCGCCGUUUGAUCGAGUCUUCUUUAAUAACUAUCAGAGGUCCUGCUGAGGCUGCUGUUGAUGCGGUUCAUUCUCUACUGAAGGACCUAGUGCACAAGGCUAUUAGUGAAACACUGGAGCUAAAGCAGUAUCCUGGUCUCAGAGUGGAAGUCACAAACGCAGCUUGUGAUUCGCUUGAGAGAAUGAGGGAAGAGAGCAAGAAAGCAACGCUUAAGCUGGUCGACAUGGAAUGUAGUUACCUAACUGUUGACUUUUUCCGGAAGCUCCCUCAAGAUGUCGAGAAGGGUGGCAACCCAACGCAUUCACUAUUCGACAGAUACAACGAUGCGUAUCUCAGGAGGAUAGGAUCGACAGUUCUGUCUUACGUCAAUAUGGUCUGUGCAACCCUGCGCCACUCCAUUCCUAAAUCGAUUGUGCACUGUCAAGUAAGGGAAGCCAAACGAUGCCUCCUCGACCGUUUCUUCACUGAACUUGGUGCAAUGGAGCAAAAGCGUCUUUCAUCGUUAUUGAAUGAGGAUCCGGCAGUCAUGGAACGACGUUCUGCCCUUGCGAAGAGACUCGAGUUGUACAGGAGUGCUCAAACAGAAAUCGACGCGGUGGCUUGGUCUAAGUAAAGCUUCUCUUUUCGCUCGAGUAAUUUAAUGUGGUGGCCAAUCACAUGUCAAAGAAUGGGCACCUGAUCCACGCGGCUGUUGGUCUGGCGCUGCCGAAGACAAUUUUUUUUUUCUUCUUCUUUUCACACACUGCAUCCCUUCCUGUCUGUAAUGUGUGCAAUGAUACGUUAAUCUGUAUCGUCCGAAAGACCGAAUUGUUCAAUUAUUAUAAAAUCCAUUAGUAGGUGAAGCAAUUGUAAUUGGA